CUCAGCGAUAGUUUUUAUGUUGUGUAAUUGCAUCAUUAAUCACGUGCCAAAGUUUCUUCGGGUUCCAACUUCCCAUGCUCACUCUCCUACCCUACCCACCACCAUCCACCAUCGACGCCAUGGAUGUUACCGCCACCACACAGUCCAAGGGAGUUCAGUCACACAGUAAAGACAGUAACCCCGCUUGAUGCCACUCGAGUAUAUUAUUAUAAAAUCAUCCACCCGCCAUUUCUGCAAAAAUUCAUCCUCCCAUUCCUCUUCCCCCUCAAGAAUUAAUCCCCAACAAUUCCGAUGGCCUCAACGAAGACGAACCCAGAAAGCGGCUUCAACCCGACAACCAAGACCUUCCACAGCCUUCGACCGCCAAUUUACCUCCCGCAGGACGACGCUCCCAUCUCCGUCGUCGACUACGCCCUAGGGUACGCCCUCUCCAUCCGUUCCGCAUCCUGCUGGCCCGACUCCACGGCGGCCCUGAUUGACUCGGCCACCGGUCAACGAAUCCCUUACUCCGACCUCCUCAAACGGCAUAAAUCCCUGUCGUAUUACCUUCAGCACGUCCUCAAGCUUUCUAGACACGACGUCGCUUUGGUAAUCUGCCCCAACUGCGUUCAAGUCCCGAUCCUCUACCUAUCCCUCCUCUCGAUCCGCGUCGUGGUCUCCCCGGGUAACCCGCUCAGCACCGGGUCGGAAAUCGCCCGGCUCGUCGAGCUAUCCGGCCCCACCAUAGCGUUCGCCACGUCAUCCACGGCCCACAAGCUCCCGAAGCUGAGGCUCGGGACGAUUCUCGUUGACUCGCCCGAGUUCGAGUCGAUGAUGAUUAGGACGACUUUCGAUUUGGAUCUCGAUCACGGCCCCCAGCCGAGUCAAUCCGACGUGGCGGCGAUUCUGGUCGUCGCCUUGUGCCGUUCGUCGGCGGUGGCGGCGGGAGAGAGGGCUUCUCCGCCCGUUUUGCUCUACACGGUGCCGCUUUUCCACGUGUUCGGGUUCAUCUACUCGCUGAAGUCGGUCGCGCUGAUGGAGACGGUGGUGAUGAUGCCGAGAUUCGGUCUAGACGGGAUGCUGAAGGCGGUGGAGGAGUUCGGCGUCACCGAUGUGGCGAUGGCGCCGCCGGUUGUUGUGGCGAUGGUGAAAUCAGGCUCCUCGGAGCGGUAUGACUUGAGUUCGCUGAAGAGCUUGGUCAUCGGCGCAGCUCCGCUGGGGAAGGACGUCAUCGCUGCGUUCAAGGCCAAGUUCCCGACGGUGGAGUUGGCCCAGGGGUAUGGUUUAACUGAGUUGACGGGGCCAGUCUCUCGAGUACUUGGUCCUGAAGAAUCUAAAAAAUGGGGCUCUGUCGGGAGGCUUUACGGGCUUUUGGAAGCGAAAAUCGUUGAUCCCGAAACACAAGAAGUUUUGCCUCCUGGAAAACAAGGAGAGCUUUGGGUCAAAGGGCCAACAACAUUUAAAGGUUAUGUGGGUGAUCCUGAAGGGACCAUCGAAAACAUGAUUAUCAAUGGGUGGUUGAGGACCGGCGAUCUAUGUUAUUUUGACGAUCAAGGUUUCCUUUAUGUUGUGGAUCGACUCAAGGAGUUGAUUAAAUACAAUGGAUACCAGGUUGCCCCUGCAGAGCUUGAGCAAUUGUUGCAGUCCCAUCCAGGCGUAGCCGAUGCAGCAGUCAUUCCGUACCCGGAUGAGGAGGCAGGGCAACUUCCAUUUGCAUGUGUGGUGAGGCGACCAGGGUGUAUCCUCGAUGAAAGAUCAGUAAUGGAGUUCGUCGCGAAACAUGUUGCACCAUACAAAAAGAUAAGGCGAGUUGCGUUUGUGAACUCCAUACCCAAAAGUCCGGCCGAGAAGAUACUGAGGAAGGACUUAAGGAAGAUGGUUUUGGCGCUAUUGCUAACAACUUCGUCGUCUAAAUUGUAGUCUCAUGAUUUCCAAAACUUUGUUGUUUAGAAAAGUGCUCAAUAAUUCAUCAUAAAGUUGAUGCCAAGAGCUGCACAAUAUUAAUAUAAUCCAGUAGUUUAUACGAACAACCAAUGCAGUCAAAAUCGCGCUUUAAAACAUAAAAGCUUACGUUUUUACCUUUCUAGGUCACUAAAAUGCUUUUAUGUAGAAUCGUGAUUUUCCUUUACAAAUGUAGUCAAAAUCUACGCUUUAAAACUUAAAAGCUUACAAUUUUACGCUUUUAGGUAGAAUCGCGCUUUUGACUGCAUUAUUGCCAACAUAUUCAUCCACUUGAUAAGUGGAGGUUCGAUUAGUGUCCUUACCUCAUAAUUACAAAAUAAGACUGUAUGACUGUGAGAGUGUUUAGAUUACAUGUUCUAACUAAAAUGCUAUCAUGGUGAUUUUUUUAAAAUCUAACAACAACGGAGUAUGUUUCAUCAACCAAUUCGUUUUCAUAUUUGUUCAUGAGGCUGCUAAAAAAUGAAAGAGCUUAUAGUUCGAGUAGGCCAUCAAUGAGCCGAGUCAUGUCGAGUCGAGUUUUUCUUUGUUUAGGUUUGGCUCGUUAAUAAACGAGCAGAGUUCGAGAUUGGCUAAUUUAUAAUGAGUCGAGUCAAGCUCGAGCUGGGUCAUUUAUUAAAAUCUACUUGACUCAUCAUUAAGAUCAGUAGUUCGGCUAGAGCUCAACUCUAUGAUAAUUCAUAAAUUAUACCCUAAUAUUUAUAUGUCAUAUAUGAUACGUGUGAUUAAUUGAUAUUGUGUCAUAUACGAGACAUAGUUGCUCACAUACUAAAGUCUUAUACAUGUGAGAUAUACAAUUUAAUAAAUCUAUGAAUUAUCAACAAGUCAACUUAUAAGAUAUAGAUUGAUUUUCUCAUAAGUUAGUAGUCGAGUUGGCUCUCUAAUCACAAUGUUGAGACAUCUCAUGAGCUCAAAACAAGAGAUUUUAUGAGUUGGGUUCAACAAACUACCCUGUCAAGUUUGCUCACGAGCCUCAUGAGUUAAACAAUGUUAAGCUCAAAUUCGGCUUAAGAGUCUAACUUUUUCUUAAUCAAGCAAAAAAAUUUUAUCGAGUCAAACGUUGGGCCAUUCAUGAGCACCUUGGUUAACAACUCUAAAUCCAACCAAUUCAUCUAAAUAUAUUGUUGUUGAGGUUGCUUUAGAAGGAAUGAUCUUCAUGGUCACUUUAUCUAGUGACCAGCAACCAUUGCACCACCAAAGAACAUCAAACCCAAAUGCACUAAUAGCAAAUUUCGCGCACUCUAUUUCCCAGUUUGUUUUUGUAGAAGAAGACUCGCACACUGCCUGAGAGACAUUUGAUGUGUUUAAGUGAUGAAAAAUAUACGAAAAGAAAGAUUCUUAACAUUUUUGUGAUGUUAUGAUGUAAUAUUUGGGAAUUGGGAGGGAGGGUAGUUUUCUAGCACAUCACGAACACCGAUAAAGGUUGACUUUAAUA